UCUCCCCUUCAAGAAUCUCAAGUCAACAAUGCUCGCCGUCUUUCAUAAAUCCCUGGCGGAACCGUCUCUCAAACUGAUGGGAGCGGUGGUGUUUGAGAAUCCUCCGACGGAGCAGUCCGAGGAAACCAUGAAAGAGCUGUCACGUCUCUUCAAAGACGAGCACCACGACCCCAUGGCGAUACACUUGCUUCCGUAUUGCAUUCUCAAUACUGCGCUUGAUCAUCAAUCCGUGAUUACUCCAAGUGUUUUAACGGUUAAAGACGACGUCGUUUGUCUCUUCCGAGGAACUUUUGAGAACAGAGCGGAAAUUGCGACUUUGUAUAAACUUCCGACACCAAAAAACGAUUCUGCUGUUGUGAUCUGGGCUUACAAUAAAUUUUGUAAUCAAGAGGACGAGACAGAAUGGCUUGACGCAGUUAAAGGGUUCAAAGGCGGUUUCUCAUUCGUCAUGUAUGAUGCCAAGAAGAAAACCUUAUUUGUCACUUCGGGUCUUGAUGGCAUUCCAUGUUUCUGGGGACUUGGACCACAAGGAACCAUUCUCUUCUCUUCUUGCUUGGAGAUAGCGAGCACAAAGUGCGAGAGUUUCUAUGGACAAUUACCCAAAGGCUGUUACUAUGCUAGUGGAAAAGGUUUAAGGAGUUUUGAGAGUCCAGAUGUUGUGUUGAAGGCUCAGUUUGUACCACCAGAUAACCAAUAGAAGGCCUAAUCUGCACCACCAGAGAAGCUAUAUAUCUUGCCACUAUUCACUAGACCUUUUUUUUUUUUGG